AGGUUAGUUGCUCGUCGUGGAAACACAGGUAGGAAAAAAUAAACGUAGUUCAUCAAAUAAUUAUGGACCUUGGAAAAUAAGACCAUGCUCCGGCCUCGCGCAGCCCCCGUUUGUGCUUUCCUCCGCAAUGGCAGGACUCCUCCUUCUCCUUCAAAACGCAAUGUCGCCACCACCGCCGCAGCAGCUUUCCGUCCUUGGAAAGAUGGUUUUUCAGCGGACCACACGUUUUCCAGUGCAUCAGCGGCAAAGUAUCAUAGAGUUCCCAGUGCUGCAAAUACUAACCCGGUUCGCAACCUAGCUGCAGCAGGUACUACUUCCCCCUGGUGUCGGGCGAAUGCGGUUGGGAAUCCGAAAACUAAGCCGGAUUCAUCUUCGCUUGUUUUCGCGGAGAAGAAUUUUACUGCUGGAACUGCUGUUCCGAAGCAUAAAAGUAGCGGCGCACAUGUGGAGGUGAAGCCGAGUACGGGUAGUUUUGAGGCCAAGAAGAAUGAGCCCCCGUCGUGGAAGACGCAGAUACAAAGUACAACACCGCAAAUCAUGACGCAGAAGUACACCUACCCGGCCGGUGCGGAUUCUUUUUUGAGUGGAAAGAUCGAAAGUGCUACGCAGGCCAGAUUCAACGCGGCGGACGCUGAAAGCACUACGAAAGAGGAGCAGGAGGAAGAUUUUGUAGUACCGAAAUAUCCUGCCCGCGAUUCUGCCGUCGUGGACAGCGGCGCGAAGGGUGAGAAGACUUUUCCAGCCGAUAAUAACACCAAAACUAUCCCGCUGCCGCCAACGCAGGAGUGCGGAAAAACUCAAAAAACCACCAGUGCCUCUCCUGUCGUGGCCGACUCUUCAUCAAUUCCAAAGCACUCUGAUGCCCCUACUACCCUGACCGACCGUUUUUCCACUCCGAAUUAUAAAACGGGCGAAUUUUCUGUCAGCAAAAUGAUCACCGGUAGUGCAACCGUUCCUCCUGCUGCUGCACCAGACGAGCCGCUCGACAGCCGCUCCCUGAGCGAAGACGGAGUCUUCGCGAAGCUGUUAUCAAAUGUAAAAAUGUCUGGGUCUGGAAAAGUGCAACUUGUCAUGCUAAAUCUGAAUCAUACAAAAAUCUGUAUUGCAUGAUUACGAAUAAAGCUGUUCACUUUUGACAAGGCCGAGAGGCAGUUUGUCAUGCGGAAAAGGCAUAGUAAAGAUCUCACACAGAAUCUGUGAUGCUACGGCAUGCAUCACAGACCUCACACGUCAUGCAAAACCUGCAUCACAAGUCUGGCAUUCUUCCAGACCCAGACAUUUUUACAAUCCAUAGCUGUUACACCAGUACCAGAAGAAGCCGCCGUUGGAGAAGGAACGCAUUCUCGAAUACCGGGGUAGAGAACUUAGAAUCGCUAUUGUGAGCAAAAAUGUUUCCACCCCAGAGUCAAGAUGGGAAAUCUGCUAGACAAAUCGCCGAGCUUUGGUUGUUGCGCAUGACAAACUUGGGGCGCGCAGUGUGGUCGUAUUUCGCUAGUGCAGCUUUGUCACAGAUCUAGCUUACCAUGCUGAUUCGAGCAUUACAAAUCUCAACACACGACGAGAGGCUGGCUUCUCAUGGGUCUCUGCAUGAGAAACAUCUUCAGCAUGCAGAGCUGCAUUACAGCUCUGGGUCUGGUGGGGUGGGGACGUUUUUACAAACGAUGAUCGCCAAGGCGGUGGCGCGGGAGAACCAGUUUAUAACCUGCUCAGGUGUUACAAUCUCAAACGUUACUUACAAUAGAAUCUGGAGUUUGUAUUGCAUGACGAACAUGACAGACUCGUAGCGCGUUCCACUUGCUGCAAUACAAAUUUCGGCAGAUUCUAGCGCGGUUUGGGACUCGAGAACUUGUCAUGCGCAAUCCUGUAGGAGUAGGCUAGAUCAUGCACUCUUGCAUUACAGAUUUCCAGAUUCUAUUGUAACGUUUGGGAUUGUAACGUUGGAGCAAGUCAUACAGUUGUGCUGUAGAAUUUCCGCUUUGGAGGAGGAAAAGAAGACCACGAGUAGUACUUUUAACCAGCAUGUAGUUGACAAAGACGAUGUUGCUGAAGAUUCCCUUCCCAGUAUCAAGAACAAAAAUCCCCCCUCCCCAUAUCAAAACGGAAAUCUGUGAUGCAGAUUUGUGGUCACAAAUCAGCUUUGUGAUGCUAGAAGGCAAAAGAUGCGGACUGUGGUGCUACCUAGCGUGGGAAAGUAUUGCAUCUCCAGCAUGACGCGAGGCAACUGGAAGUGGGAAACAGCAUGACAAAUUGCCUGCAAUUCAGGCCAAAACUGCGUCUCUUGGCCUUCUAGCAAUGCAAGUCGAUUUGUGUACUCAAAUACAGCAUCACAAAUUUCGUUUCGGAUAUGGGGAGGGGGGAUUUUUUUUUUUGAUACCCAGCAGGACCACCACCCGCACUGCAAGUCCAACCACUAUCAUCCCGCGGUCCAAGCGGAUUCAGAUCUACGGGCACACUGACGAGGAACUGUUGCAGCGGGUGGACUAUGAAAUGCAAAAGCAUCGUACUAGUAUAAAUCGCAUGACAAAUUUUCUCAGCAUGAGAAAUAAAAUUUGUAAUGCGGAUUGAACCUGAGAAAGCAACUUGUACUGCAUGAACGCGAUUAGUACGAGUGCGAUACUUUUGCACAGGAUAUGGACUGGUUUUUCGACGAAAUUGCGCCAGAUUUUAAAAUAUCAAAUGCAAAUAUGUCUGGGUCUGAGAGAAUACAACUUGUGAUGCUGUCUUUGGAUUCUACAAAAAUCUGUGUUGCAUGAGCAGCAGAGGGAGCGUAAAUAAUUUUCGCUACGCGGAGGGGCAUUUGUCUUGCGGAAUAGGCAUCAAGAAGGCCCCAAAGCAUCAGUGAUGCUGGGGCAUGCAUCACAGACAUCAUGGCUCAUGCAAAACGUGCGUGACAAGUCUCAGAAGCUUCCAGACCCAGACACAUUUGCAUUUGAUAUAAAAAUACCAAAGCGAAAAGCAAGUCGUCUCCAGACAGUACGACAACUGGAGGUACUCCGCCCGCCGCUCUUGAAGCUGCGACAACAACGGGCCUGGUGGUGAAGCACUUCGAGUAUUUGGGUCACCGGGUAAAGAUGAGCUACAACGUAGGUCGUGCGGGUGAAUCUUCUGUGAUGCAAAACAACACUACUACCGGACUGUACAAAACCUGUUCUAGUAGUAACAGCACCGGAAUGACGCACGCGUACGCUCUGGUGCAGAAAAUCUCGACGUCGAAGCAGCGGAAUGUGGGGAAGCCAAAUGGAGCUGCGACAUCGCAAUCAGCAGGAAGUUUGUCAUGCAACAAACCCAACAGCAGCAUGGAGCCCGUCCGAAAAGUCACGGCGCCGUGCUUCCGAAUUUUGUGCGCUUACGUGGAGGACAUCGUACUGGAGCAGAAUGUAUCAAAUGCAAAUUAGGUCUGGGUCUGGAAGGAUGCGAACUUGUAGUGCGCAUUUCAUAACACACGCAAAUCUUUCAUGCACAGGCAGCAAAAGAUGCCGACUUCCUGUCACCAAAAUGGGGCAUUUGUCAUGCGGAUUAAGCAUUGCGGAACCUUCUCGAAACCUCUGAUGCUAGGGCGUCCAUGUCAGACCUUCUGCGUCAUGCAAAAACAGCAUGACAAAAGUCUGUAGCUCCUAGACGUUGCCUGGCCCGCGAAUGACUCCAGGGCAGCCGGAUGGCCGUGACCUGGUUAUAAAGGGCUCCGUCGAUCGAUUGCGCCCCUAGGGCCUUGUGUGCCGGCUACUCCGGAUCGCAAUCGAUGGAGGGCGGGACCUGCACCGGCGACAGGCGCUAUCCACCCAACUAACCAACCAACCAACCAACCAAAAUUCUGCAUUCUUCCAGACCCAGACAUUUUUGCAAUCCAUAGAAUGCGGAUGAAGGUAAGGUUGGAAAUGAUGACGUUUGUCAUGCAGCACAGGAAGGGAAAGGAAAAAAGAACGUGUUGACGCCGGAGUUGGUGGAAGCUUUAUGCGGUACAACAACUACGACCUCCAGGGCUGCUGCUAGCCGUGUCAGUGCUGCGACAACUGCGGGUGGAGGAAGUUCCCCGGCAGACGAGAUGGAUGCAUCUAUUCAUCCAGAUGGUCGUGCUGCGGGAGCAAAGACGGCAAAUAACAUGAACAAGAAUCAAGCCGCUACUAUAACCCAUCCAACAAGUACCUUCCGCGCCGGGGGGAAAACCGGAGCCGGGUUUUUGAUGAAGGGAACGAAACAGGAAGCGGCAAAUGAUGUAGUUGACCACGGCGCCGGUGUUAUCUCUGCCGACCAACAGCUUAAUUCCCAACCAGGACGACAAGAAAAGCAAAAAACCAUGCCAACUACAAUGACUGUCCCCACAAAACUUCAGGAGAUUGACUUCGCUUUCGAGAUGUCCAAGCAGAUUCGGAAAUUUCGGUAUUUGAACCACUUGAUCAAAAUCGGCAUUGUGAAGUCCAUAUGAACUGCAAAAGUACCGUACCCGUAGUACUAUUGCAACACAAAUUAGCUCAGCAUGGCAAACGGAAUUUGUCAUGCUGAUUUAGCUUGAAAAUGAAAUUUGUCUUCUGCAUGAUUGCGAUUAGUACGAGUGCGAUGCUUUUGCAAAGGAUAUUCCACCGGGGUGCGGGACGGGUGGAGCUACUGUACGAUUACCGGGCCGAUGGUAACUAGUACGAAUCGAAUGUACAAACAAUUUUUCCGGGUGGAUAUCAAAUGUAAAAAUGUCUGGGUCUGGAAACUUGUGAUGCUGGGUGGCGUCUCAUGAUGAGGCCACAAAUGCUGGCUCAGCAUGACAAGUUUCUGAGCGUCUAGGUGUUGCCUAUUCUGCAUGACAAACUGCGUUCCUGCAUCACAGAAAAGUGGAGCUCUUGGGUAACGUGCAUGACAGAUUUAAGAGUCAUGCCAGACAAGCAUGACAAACAUGCAUUCUUCCAGACCCAGACAUAUUUAAUUUUGAUAGUGGAUGAGACUUCUUUAUUCAACGCGAUUAACGACUUUUUCCAUCCGCGGGUCGGGGUGGUGACGGGAAGCAGUGGGUUGGGAUUGGCUGGAGCUGGUGGACCGACAAGUAGUGCAAGUGCAACUACAACAACACCAGGAGGGGGCGGGGAGGGGAAGGAUAUGAAAGCGAGUUGCUGUGAAAAAAUAUCCUGUUUGAGCAAAGACAAAAUUCAGCAGUUGAUUCAGGAGUUCAAAGAACAAGAACCGACAAACGCGGUGGCGACGCUGGAUGUGGUUUCUUCAGCAUGAGAAACUGAAGAUCAGGAUGAUUGUCGGCGUGACGAGCUACCACGCAUGACAAAUUCACACACGACCGCGGUGGUACCGACCACAGCGGAGACGAUGGGUUAUACUUUUGAUUUAAAUGUAACUUGACUAGAUGAAGAAGAACCCGAUUUACAAAUGAAACCUAAACGCAAACGGAAGGAAUGCGGUUGAAAAACGUUUCUGUACAACUUUAAAUGCACAUGGAACAAGCCGUCCGAUCAUUUUUUCACUGAGAAUGCUUACUGUAUUACUUACAAAUGUACGUCCACACUAUUGCCGCUUUUGUC